AUGAUCAUGAAGAACGUCAAAUUCAAAAUCAUUCACCCCGAUCGCGGAACAGAUCUGCAAGAGUAUGAAUGCAAAGACAAUGCCUUUGUGCAGGAAUUCACUGCACUUGUUGCUUGUGAAUACACAUUGGACGGCGAUGUGGCACUUCACUAUAAUGGGAAAAAGAUUUAUCAGCCAACAUUACCCUUGUUCAAGCUCAUUGACGCUGAGAGUGGCAAGUUAGAAGUCUGGGUUGACCCUAGCAAGUCAGUGGCACAAGGCGGUGUUGCAAGAGGUGCAAGCGCGACUCAGGUAGCUGGUGUCCGAGGCAUAGCUCGCGGGGGCUAUGGAGGAGGUGGACAGGUUUCCGGCAGUGCCAUUCAGGGAGGAGGUGCCCUAGGUGGCAAUGCUGAGGGGAGACAAGGAAAUGGAGGCCAGGCCUUUGGAGGUCAUGCUAAUGCAACCGAAGAUGGUCUGGAGGCUAAUGGUGGCACCGGGGUCGGUGGAUCCAUGGCAUACGUACACUUGUAG